AUGCAUCUGUACGAAAACGAUAAACAACCGCUUUACACGUGGAACGCGGUGGAUGUGGAGAUCGGCGGUCUGCUGCAGCACGGCUACGUCGUCGGCCUGGAAGAGAAGUCAGAGAACGACCUCACUCCGCCACGUCUGAUCGUGAAUUUCGGAUGCCCGGCACAGCAGGCGGUGAUUGUGGAAUACGGGAAGAUCUGGGACUGCUCCACACAUCGAUCCAUUCGAAGGCGCGCGGUAACCGAUGUGGAGGGGCUGCUGCACGACGGCACGCACCGUGUCUGGAAAUGGCAUCCCGGGAAAACGACGGUCCCACGGUUCGAUGAGGUGGAUGGUGUAACAUUGGUGGAGGUGACGAUGGACGGACAGUGUCGCCGCGAACUUAUUCCCUACCGACAGAUCCGCGAUCCGAUCCAAAGGCAGCUCCUUCCAGACGACCAUUUCGUCAUGCAGACGUGCCGUGUGCCCAACGGAUACUGGACAUUGCAGUCGUCUGCAUCUGCGUCGCUGCUGCGGGAAGUUGAGCGGAAAUUCUAUCUGCGAUUUUUCAAGGUUCUCAGCCAGGAAAUGCACUUUGUGCGACGGCGCCAGAAUAGGACUUUGCGGCAUAUGUCGCUGGAUGCAGAUCUAGCGAGUGUGCUCGAAAGAGAGACGAAGGCUGCUUUGCGCGUGUUGAACCGCAAUCUACCCGAAGAAAUCGACGAGCCGGAAAGUGAGCUCAAGCGGAAAAAGCCGUUGAUUGUCGUUGAAGGGAAAUUGCUGACGUUGCCGUUGGAAGUGCUGAAGGAGAGCUUCCACGCACUGGACACCGUCGAUCGACAGCGUUGCCGCCGUACUUGUCAACUGUUCGACGCCCUUCUCACUUCGCUGGAUUUGUGCAAAGAUGUUCGUAUAGCGCUGGGAAGACCUAGUCCGUCAUCUGUGAAGUUGGAUUGCAAUUACCUCCCUUAUGUCUGCAUCUUCAAGCACGUUACACCCCCUACUUGCACAAUCUGGAUCAACAAUACCGAUACGGCUGACAUUAACCGCCGCAAUCGAGGUCCGGGUUACACCGACGAUUCACCGUUACCGAAAGCGCUGGAUCUUGUGAGGAAGGUUCUGCAUGACGCCGGCAGCCGCGUCGGCCGUUUGAUCGUGUCGGGGCGAGUAAUAAGGGGCUCAGUGCAGCUCUCCUUCCAGUGGAAGCUAAGCGCUCUCUCCGCUGCAUUAUCCGCGCACAUAUCCAACCUGAUGUCGUGCUGCGAGCGUUUAAUUGUAAAGAACUAUCUCCUCGUAGUGGAAAGUCCGCACGGCUCGCCCUUGAUGGUCUUCUGCAUUCCGACUGCCGUCUUCACUAGAGGAAAUGCUGAUGCGGCGCAUAUUCUGGAUGUAUUCGAGGAGCAUUUGCGCUGCGACCAGCCGCCGUUGGACGUUCAGCGUAUUGCCCAGUGCCUUGCCGAACGGACAAAGAGCGAAGUCAAGGCCAAGAAUGUGAUCAAGAUUCUUCAUGACUACCAAUCCUGCGAUCCGCGUCCAUCGGCACAUUACCGAAACCAAACGUGGACGACGGACAACGUGGCCGGCGUGGAUGUGGUCAAGCUGAACCGAUUCUCCCUGUUUGCCUUGUCGCGUUGCAUGCGUGGGUUGAGUCUUGAGACCAGCAUUCGCUUAGGAGGACAGCGGCCAUUCCGAUCAACCCAGCAGCGAAUCCAGUAACUACAGCCCGGGAAGGAACAAGUGUAAAAUUUGCAAGCAUUACGGAGUUUAAAUCCAGAUUCACGACUUUUCGAUCAGAAGCCUAUUUAGCUUCAUUAACGAUUACGCAUGCGUUCUCUUUUGCA